UCGGAGCGGCGAUUGGCCCGAUCUGGACCCAGGGGAGCAACACCACACCCAGCUGAGAGUCUGAAUGUGUCCAAAACAUUUUCUUCUCCUUCUCUGUUUCUUCUUAUUGGAUCAUAAACUGCUGCAAACUGAUCAAUAGUCAAGAUGAGCUCUUACUCGACUCCCUCUCCUCUGACUCAAACAUCAACUGAUGCCUAUUCAACUGUUUCAGAUCUUGUGACCAAGAUCGGGAAAAAAGAUAUCUACAGCAGCACAGAGGAUUUAGCUGCCUUAAUCGGAGGCGUCAUCACUGUGGUGCUGCUGGUCUUCCUCUGCACCAUCGCCGUCUUGCUGUGGUGUCUGUCCAGAGAAAAAGGCUCGUAUGUCACCAACGAGACGGAGGAUGAUGAGGAGGAAGAUGACGAGUCUGUGGGCUCCGAUGUGGCACUUCAGUCCAAAGAGCCUCUAAAGACGGACAAAGACGACUGAAGAGGGACAAACAAGGACUGCUGAGAUUCUUUUUUUUACAAUAAAAGCAUAAAGAUAGGAACAUAUUUUAGCAUUUUUUAAAACUAAACAUCUUAUUUUGUAAGCCAGUAAUUGUGCAUCAAUCCCUAUGAGAUGUAACUUGUUGUAAUUUCUUCAGCCAUUCAGUUGUGAUUUGUUGAUUUAUUCUCUGUGCAAAUUUACUAUUUUAUUAUUUCUUGUGUUCAACUCAAUAAGUUGACUUGGAGUAAGUCUUGGAUUUGACUUGGUUAGUUUGAGGCAUAUUUUCUCUCCAGGGAAGCAACUUGAAGAAAUUUAUUUUUACAGGAACAGCAGAGAUUAUAAAUUGUGUUUAGAUGCCGGUGAGAACUCAGAUAAAGUAAAUCUGGGAAAUGGUUUCCUGCUCAUUUUUAUAUUUUUAAUGUAUAAAAAGUGGUGUGUGGCUGUUUAUUGGUGACGGUAGUUUGUCUAAUAGCGCCCUCUGGUGAUCUAAAAUACAAACUACAUGGAGGUGAUGUACCAGCUCAUUCUAAAUAAAGCCGAGAUCCAAGCGAAUUUCAUCCAUGUUAAAAUUAAAUUAUUUAUGUUCAUGGGUUAGCAUGCAGGCGUCAAACUCCUGAAGUUUUAGAUGUGCCACAGAUACAAAACCCUAGAAUGAAACGGUUUAAUUACCUCCUUCUUGUAGAUAAGAGCUCCAGAGUUCUGCUAAUGACCUAAUUAUUCUAUUCAGGUGUUGCAGCAGAGGCACAUCUAAAAGCUGCAGGACACAGGACCUUGAGGACUGGAGUUUGACAAUUAUGAUCUAAUCUCAUCCAUGCAUUUAUGUUUGUUGCAUUGAUAUCUGCAACAUUGUCUUCUCAGGUCUGCUUAUAUAAAAUAUAAAGAUAUUUGAAAAAUCAA